AUGGCAAAGAUAGUUUGGUUCCUUGUAGUAUUCACGUAUCAAGUGUUUGGUUGUUUGGCUAAUUUACAAGAAUUGGACGAAUAUCAGAAAGUGCGACAACUAAAAAGCACCCUCAUGGAAAAGUAUUCUAACCAGAUCAUACCAAGAAAAAGUAUAUCUGAUGAAGUAAUUGUCAAAGUUUCCCCGUACAUUGAUCUUUUAUUAGAUUUUAAUGAAAACGUUGGAACAUUUUCAGUAAUUGUACGCUUCAAGUUGAUGUGGAAUGACCAUCUUAUAAAAUGGAAUGUAACUGAAAACGACAUAUAUGUAGUUCGUUUCCCAGUUGACGAGGUUUGGUUACCGAAAAUGAUGAUAAGGAAUACGGUAGAAAAACGGUCCAUUUUUUCUUUCGAUGAUCGCUUGGACCAAAAGACUACUUAUGUUAGUCAUUUGCCUGAUGGUCAUGCCUAUGUUAAAGCUGGUGGUAUAGUGGAAGCCAUUUGCAUUACAAGCAUGUACUACUUCCCUUUUGAUUCCCACGUGUGCACGAUUGAAUUGUAUUUUGAGGAAAAUCAAGUAUACAUUGGAGACUACACCUAUGGCGACCAAACUAAGCCAGCAUUGCAAGGAUUUACGCCACAUGACGGGUGGGACAUUACAAAUGUUACCGCUGUACAAGAUGAAUAUAAUCGAGCAACGUAUAACCUGCAAAUCAAACUUGAACGAAAACCUUUAUUUCUAUUCGUUAGUCUUGUCCUUCCUGUAUUGCUGGUAGGUUUUGUCAAUAUAUUUGUGUUUUGUUUACCAAUAGAAUCCGGAGAAAGGAUUUCACUUGCGGUGACAUUGUUUCUAACAUUUGUAGUUAUAAUGACAAUGGUUGAUGAAAAUCUUCCUGAGAGUAGCGAAAUCAGUAUUGUUAUCGUGAUUUUGUUACUGAAAGUCGUAAUCAGUGUCCUGACAACUGUGAUGGCUAUAAUAACAAUAACUUUAUAUUACCGACAUGAUGAUUUUGAAAAGAAGUCACUGUUGAAAUGGUUUACAUGUGCUCAGAUAUGUAGACAUAAGGGAAAAGUUAAAGACGAGCAGACAAGUCAAACGCCGUUGCCCUCUUUACCUGGUAACAAUAUGGGCUGGAAAGAAAUCGUACAGAUUAUAGAUCGAUUCUGUAUAGUUGUGUUGGGCUUGGAAUUCGUAUGCGAAAUUGUAGCUGUGUUGAUUUUAUUGAGGGGCCGUCAGUUGUCAUAA